AUGGAUUCUCUCACUUCGGUCAGUUAGCUCCGAGCGUAAGCUGGGAGGAACUCGGCGCUGCGUCCGCAUCAGUUAGUUGUAUUGUAUGGAAUAGAGGUCUUCCUUAUUCUCCUUCUUCUUCUGUUUCUUCUUCUUCUCACCACUCUCUAUUUUCAACAUGCCCCAAGUUACCAACGGAUCUGUGGGAUAUUCUUCCAUUCCCGAUUCAACCUGUGUCACCAAGACCAUCAAGGCUGCCAACAACCAAAUCCGAGGCAUUGCUGUCAGUUAUGGCAACAUCAGCACUCUCUCCCCGAAGCUUCGUGAGUUUGUGGAGAAGAAUGCUGAACUGUGUCGGCCGAGCCAAAUCCACAUCUGUGAUGGCAGUGAGGCUGAGAACGACCAGCUGACUCGCCUCAUGGUCAGUCGUGGCAUGAUCAAACCUCUUCCUAAAUACAAGAACUGCUGGUUAGCCCUAACUAACCCCAAGGACGUGGCCCGUGUGGAGGGCCGCACCUUCAUGUGCUCCAAGAACAAGCGAGAUACCAUCCCACAGACCAAGCCUGGAGUUACUGGAGCUCUCGGUAAUUGGAUGAGCUUGGAGGAUAUGGAGAAGAACAUCCAGGAACGCUUCCCUGGCUGCAUGGAAGGCCAAACCAUGUAUGUCAUUCCCUUCAGCAUGGGUCCAGUGGGGUCUCCCCUAGCCAAGCUGGGUGUGGAGCUGACUGACUCUCCCUAUGUUGUGUCUUCUAUGCGCAUCAUGACUAAAAUGGGAGCCCCUGCGCUCAAGGCUCUCUCCAACAACUGUGAUUUUGUCAAGGCCCUCCAUGCGCUCGGAACCCCAGCCAGUGGUCAGCAUGAAUAUCCCAGCUGGCCCUGUGACCCUGAGCGCACUAUCAUCCUUCAUAAUGCGGAGAAGAAUGAAAUCGUGUCAUAUGGCAGUGGCUAUGGUGGAAACUCUCUCCUGGGCAAGAAGUGUUUUGCCCUCAGGAUCGGCUCCUGCAUUGCUCGCAAGGAGGGCUGGCUUGCAGAACACAUGUUGAUCCUUGGCAUCACCAAUCCAGCUGGAGUGAAGCGUUACAUUGUAGCUGCCUUCCCUAGUGCCUGUGGUAAAACCAACUUAGCUAUGCUGCAGAGCACCUUACCCGGCUACAAGAUCGAAUGUGUGGGAGACGACAUCGCUUGGAUGAAGUUUAAUGAGCGCACUGGCAAACUACACGCCAUCAACCCUGAGAACGGCUUCUUCGGUGUUGCUCCAGGCACAUCCAUGGAGACAAACCCCAAUGCUAUGAAGACAAUGUUUGCCAACUCUGUGUUCACCAACGUUGCGGCCACCAGUGAUGGAGGAGUCUUCUGGGAGGGCAUGGAGAAGGAGAUCUCACCAGACGUAGCCAUCACUGAUUGGCAUGGCAAGGCUUGGAACCGUACCAAGAACUACCCUGCAGCCCACCCCAACUCUAGGUUCUGUAGCCCAGCCAACCAGUGUCCAAUCAUUGACCCACAAUGGGAGGCACCUGAAGGAGUACCCAUUGACGCUAUCCUAUUCGGUGGCCGUCGUCCCGCAGGUGUACCACUGGUCUAUGAGGCCUUUGACUGGGAACAUGGUGUUUUCAUUGGAGCUUCCAUGCGCUCUGAGGCCACCGCUGCUGCUGAGUUCAAGGGCAAGGUGAUCAUGCAUGACCCAUUUGCGAUGCGACCCUUCUUUGGUUAUAACUUUGGCCAAUACCUGGAACACUGGCUCAGCAUGAACAAGAAGCCCGGAGUUCAACUACCUAAGAUCUUCCAUGUCAACUGGUUCCGCAAGGGUGACAAGGGUCAGUUCCUCUGGCCAGGUUUUGGUGAGAAUGUCCGAGUUCUGGACUGGAUCCUGAAUCGGGUGGAGAACAAACCCAACACUGCCGCAAAGACUGCCAUUGGCUACAUCCCCACCACCAGCGCUCUCAAUCUGACAGGACUUGACAACAUUGACCUCAAACAGCUGUUCGAUCUGCCCAAGGACUUCUGGACCCAGGAGGUUAAAGAAAUUGAGAGGUACUUGGAAGAACAAGUGGGUGAAGAUCUGCCAAAGUCUAUUGCCGCACAACUGUCUGCACUCAAGGCCCGAAUUGCUUCCUCAUAAUCUGACCAUCCCUAGUCAUUCCCAUUCAGAUUUUCUCAUGUGCCAUACACUCCAUACUAUUGUAUGAAUCUAUUUUUAGAUGAAUUUCCAAUUGUCAUAAGUGAAGAUAGUUUUAAGAGUAUUUUUAAGUUUAAGUUUUAUGAGUGUUUACAAUUAUUUUGUAACUAUUUAAAAAAGGACUUCCAUUUAAAAUUUCAAAAUUAUGUGAGUUUAUUUAUUGAACAUUGUAAAUAUCAUUUAUUGACAGUGAUGACUGCCUUGUACAUUGAUCUGGUUCCAGUAAAACUGUUUAUACAUAGGUA